AUGUACAACGGCAUCGGCCUGACGACUCCCCGCGGAAGUGGAACGAGCGGUUAUGUCGUUCGCAACCUCUCCACCCUCCGUGUCCACGACAGGAAAAAUGACACCUCAACAUGGGACGCCGCUCCGCCAAAACACAGAGAGCCAGAUGAAGGCAUCCUCGAACACGAGCGCAAGCGCAAGAUUGAGAUAAAGUGUCUCGAGCUCCAGUUAGAGCUCGAAGACAAGGGCACGGACGAGGAAGAGAUCGAAAAACAGGUAGACCAGCUGCGCCAAAAGCUGCUGGCAAACCUCUCCGCGAGUGCACUGCCUUCGCGUGGCUUCAAGCCCUCCGACACCCACGCUAUUGCCGCUGCGAAGAAGACAGAACUCUCAAAAAUGGCCCGUGCGCUUGGCACCCGUGCAGACUACCAAGAAGGAGACGCCUUUGACCGCGAGAAGCAGGAGGAAAACAGGAUCAAACGUAUUGCGGAGCGGGAGGAACGCGAGAGGGAAAAGGCAGAAAGGAUUAAAAGGCGCGAGGAGGAUAGAGAAAAGAUGGCGGCGCAAAAAACCAGAUGGGAGCAGGAAAGGCGCGAGCGAGACCUUACCCGAAGGAAGGACGACGACAGGCGCAGGGACGACAGGGACCGUGGGAUGCCUCCACCUCCGCCGCCUCCAGGCCCUCGAGGUGAAUACAAAGAUAGAGACCGACCCACCGACCAAGGGUACCCCAAUAUGCCUCCACCACGGCGCGAUCCUCCUCCUCGCUCUCGGGACAGAGACUACCCGCGCAGAGGCAGGGACGCACGCGACAUGCCUCCUCCUCGAAGCGAACCAGCGGGCGGGCGCUCGAAGAGAGACCGCGGCUCACCCUCGCCCUCUCCUUCGCCGCCACCGAGGAACCGAAGGCGCGUGGACUCUCGCUCGCCUUCACGUUCGAGGUCCGGGUCUCGUUCAGGUCGCUCGGAUUCAAGGUCGCCCAGUCGCACGCCGUCGAAGUCGCGUUCUCGCUCACCUAUGAGAGGUGUUCAGAGGUCUCGGAGGUCUCGGUCUCGCGAUGGUUCGCGUUCGCGUUCGCCUAUUCGUCGCAUCGUACCUCCAGGCAGAGUCGACCAAGGGUACGGACGAGGUCGAGGCGGGUUCCGUGCACGAGGUGGUGGUGGAAGGGGCGGAAGCGGAAGGGACGCUCCAAGGGAUCGAGACAGCGGCCGAGGAAGAGGCCGACGCUCUCCUUCCAGGUCGCCCUCCCGCUCGCCAUCGCGUUCGCGCUCUCCUCCACCCAACAGAGGCAGACGAUACGCCUCACGCUCACCAUCCCGUUCACCAUCCCGGUCCCGCUCGCCUCCUCCCAGACGCGGCCGGUAUCGCUCGCGUUCAGGCACCCCUCCACCACCCUCUAGGAGGGAGAGGACACCGCCUUUCUUGCCAACACCUGCUGGGCCUGGGCCGGCGUCUGCUAGAGACUUGAAGGGUGUAAGAGAGCUGAAAGACGAGUCGCCGCCGAGAGGUAGGAGCGAGAAGCAGGAAGUAGCCAAGAGGGGCCGCUCGCGCUCUGCGUCUACUGGGUCGUCGAUGAGUGUUAGCACGAAGAGUGGGGGCUCGAGGAGUAGGAGUCGCGACUGA